AUGUCUAUUGCAGGAUCGCAAGCUACCAGAGCCCAACCAAACAACCCAAUUGUCGGCCCAUCCAGUACUUCUGCUCCUGCUCCUGCUCCUGCUCCUGUCCCACCUGUGACGAGACAGCCACCUGCACCGGCACCUACGUUACCUCGUCCUGUACUCCCUACGCCUACACUUGCACUCGCAGAUAACACACCAAAGAUGGCUGCCGUCACUGCUCUCAUCAAUCCCUUGACCGCCUGCAAAGGCGGGAAGACCAAGGUCUCGAUUUACUCCCUGCUAAGCACAGGAAAGCUUGCUUUCGAGCAAAGGCUUCUCGGGGACGCCACCAGCAAACUCAGAGGUGCUGGAGGUGCUGCUCAGUUGCAAAACAUGUCUUAUCUUUCAUCGAUGGUUAUCGACGAUGAUGUUCAUGUCUUCGGCGUCAAUACCGAUAAAAAGCUCGCUUUAGUCAGUCCAGCAUACCAAGCUACUGAUUUGGUGAUCGAAAGUGGAUAUUUCGCUGGAUGCAGCGAUGGAGAGUCUGAUGGGUGGUUUUUCUUCCAAUCUGAAGACGUGGCAACAAGUACAUAUCCACUUUACGAAAUGCCUGUCUGGGGCACCAAACUCGAGAAUGCCAAAAAAUUAGAAGGGCUCAUCGCACCUUGCAAAAAGACAUCGAUUGCUGCUUGCUAUGAUGGCGAGCACCGAUGGAUCGCAUAUCAGAGUUCCGAAAAUGCCAUUGUUCUCAGAAACAUCGACACUGAUAAACAUGCCAUUGUUGAAGACUCAAGAUGGACGACGAAACUCGCCUCACCAAUCGGCGUCGUUUAUGUCCCCGGCCACAGCACUCGUGGACACAUUUUCAUCUACUAUCUUCAUCAGGAUUUGUCUUUGAGAAGAGCUUUCGUUGAAAUCGAUGAAACCUUCGACUUCAGAGGCUACGGAGAACAGGUUGUUGUUGAUAAGGCAGUCAACAUCGCCAGUUUCACUCAAUUGACUAUCGUUGCUGAUCCAACGUGCAAGUCAAAUUAUAUCUAUGCAGCCAGAAACCCCACCACUACUCAGGUCGCCACGAUUCCUGACAACUGGGGUGCAUCCAUCACCAGGCUGCAAGAAUACUACUACAGCCAGAUCAAGCAUAACCACCUGAUCGGAAACGAGAAGGAGGGGCAUCAUCACGGCCCAGGACACGUCCACCAUGAAAAUAACGGUGGUGAUGGCUUUCCUUACUUCCCAGGUCGCCCUGGAUCUGAGCACGGCGGUCAUAACGGCGGUAUUCACUUUGGGGGCCAUGAACACCCCCAUGGAUGGAGAAGCCCACCUCCUUCAUACGGCGGGCAUAGCUAUAACGGAGGGCUCUAUUCCCAUGGCCGCCACGCACGCGGCCUUCCUUUUGGCGAUAUGAACGAUCUAGAGGUCGAGCUUGGCAAAGUCAAGAUGAACGCAUUGCUGAAGAUGCACCUCGGUGAGCCACGCGUUGAAUAUUACAACAAGCCGGUGCACUAUGGUGGGCAUCAGUAG